AUGUCAAAAAGAAACUUGCCUACAAGGAAGCCCCAUGAGUGUGAUGUCUGUCACAAUUACAGAGGUGAAAAAGCCGCUCACCUGCGAAAUCACUUAGCGCAUACUGGCUGCGGUAACGCACUAAAAUUGCGAAAUGCCACCAGUCAAAAACGUCAACAAACCAUUCAUAAAGACAUCCAUCGCGAGCCUUCACUAAGCCUUUCUAUUUCAUCGAAUGAUUUCCCCAACUUUGAUGCCUCUACAUUCACGAAGCAUGACAUUCCUGAAUCUCCUCCACCUCCGAAAAAACCACGAAUGACUGUUGAGGAAGUCACUGACGAUGGUGACCCUAGUCCUGGAAUGUCAAGAAAUCACUUUACAUCAAUAGAUUUCAGCGGAGCAGGGGCAGAACUAGGAGCAGAAACGGGGAAAAAUGGCUUCCAGCGAUUCAAAGAUACCAAACAUGAGAAGUCUGAGGAGAUGUGGUCACCAUUUAAAAGUCAUAAAGAGUGGCAACUCGCGCGCUGGUUGAUGCUGUCUGGGAUUCAGGACGAGCUACAUUCAUCAUUUAAGGACAAACGUACCUUCGUAAAGAAAAUUGAUGCCUUGCCUACUGUGCGUGGGGGAUGGAUUUGCAAGGAGCUUGAAAUUGUUGGAAACAUCAUGAAGAAGGCCGCCGAUGGCACGGAGGUCCCGAUGACUGAAGAAGUAGAACUCUGGAGACGGGAUCCCAUCGAAUGUAUCAAGGAGCUUAUGGAGGACCCCCGGUUUGAGGAGCAUAUGCGAUAUGCACCAGAGAGGAUGUUCACUGAUGAAACCAUGCAUAUGCGAGCAAUAGAUGAAAUGUGGACAGGUGAUUGGUGGUGGGCGACGCAGAAACUGUUACCAGAAGGGUCAACAAUUGCACCAAUAAUCCUGGCAUCCGACAAGACUCAACUCUCUACAUUGAGUGGAGACAAGUCAGCUUGGCCUGUAUAUCUUACGCUCGGGAAUAUCGAAUCAUCUGUGAGGCGAAAACCGUCAGAGCAGGCCUCAAUUUUGAUAGGAUAUAUACCGGUCUCAAAGCUGGAAUGUUUCUCGAAGGAUGCACGUUCUGUUGAGGGCUAUCGGCUGUUCCAUGACUGUAUGGGCAUGCUCCUCGAGGAGUUGAUUGUCGCAGGAGAUCCGCAUAAAGGAGGGGUGAAGAUGCUGUGCUCUGAUGGCAAAAUCCGAUUUGUGUUCCCGCUACUUGCUGCAUAUGUAGCUGAUUUCCCGGAACAGUGUCUUGUUGUGUGUUGCCAAGAAAAUCGGUGCCCGAAAUGCACUGCUCAGGAGAAAGAGCUCGGAGACCCGUUGCACUCCAUUCUUCGAGACCCUGACAGGACAAUUCAAUCAUUGCAAAAGGCAGCAAAUGGAGAAAACACCUCUGCAGUCACGCUAGGCUUACGCCUCGUUACUCCAUUUUGGGCUAGCUUACCACUAUGCAAUAUCUUCCACUGUAUCACACCCGACAUUCUUCAUCAGCUACACAAGGGAGUGUUCAAGGAUCAUAUUGUGAAGUGGUCAACACGCGCAGUUACUGGGAAAAGUAAAAAGGAGCGAGAAAGAGAGAUCGAUAUUCGGUUCCAAUCGAUGCCACGUCAUCCGACCUUGCGCCAUUUCAAGCAAGGAAUUUCGUUGAUUACGCAGUGGACCGGGCAUGAGUAUAAGAAUAUGGAGAAGAUCUUCUUAGGUGUUAUUUCUGGUGCCACCGAAUCGGAAGAAAUCGUUCUUUGUGUGUGGGCCAUACUUGAUUUUAUCGAGUAUUCCCAGUUCAGUCUGCACACGGAUGAGUCUCUGGAGAAAAUGGAUGAAGCUUUACGCACCUUUCAUUCCCAUAAGGAUGCUGCAUUUGUGGAUACGGGCAUUCGACAAGCUUUCAACAUUCCAAAAGUGCACUCCAUGAACCAUUACACUCCGAUGAUCCUCUCAAUUGGAGCUGCUCCUGGUUACAACACGGAGUGGAGAGAUUACAUUAAACAGAUGACACAUUGGUUGGAUCGAAGAGAGAAAGUUUUGUGGUUCACACGUUUCUUGGACUGGGCACUGGAAAAAGAUUGUAUUGACUGGCUGGCUACAAGAGAGGUCAAUGAAGAGGAAAACGAGGAGGCUGUAACAAUACCUGAGUUCGGAGAAGCUCUUCAGGUAGAAGGGAUCCGGACCAAUCUGCAGUACGGCGAAUCCACGUGCAUGGUUGCGAAACGAACUCCUGUCACUAACAUCACUAUCGAAAGCCUGGAUUCUGACUUCGGUUGCUCGACAUUUGUUUAUGCUAUGGAACGGUUUCUACGUGAACAAAAUCUGCUCCGAUCAGACUACUGGGAUGCACAGCCGGCAAAAUAUAGCCUGUACAAACAAUUUCGGGUUAUCGUACUCCCUACACUUGAAAUCUCGAAUUCUCCCAUUGUUGAUGUCAUGCAUGCAACUGCCGCUCAGCCUGCUGUUCUCUCGGGUCGCGGGAAACGUAAAUAUACACCUGCCCAGUUUGAAACGGUUCUUGCGAGGAAGUCACUCCCAGACAGCCGGGAAGAUUUGGAUGUACUGGGCAAAGAUGGGCUUCACGUGGCGCAAGUACGUGCAAUUUUUGACCUUCCCGGUCAGCUUGGUUCCUUCCCGCAUCCCCUCGCAUAUGUGGAGUGGUUCACUCCUCUCCGCAAGCUCGAUAAAGUUACACGAAUCUGUCAUCUUGUACCUUUUUACGGCAAACAUGCAGAUCCCACUUGGUCAAGUGAAAAAGUGCUAGAUCAUAUUAAUAACGGUCUAGUCCUGAAUUCCAUCUAUUACUUCUCAUAUAAACCCUCAAAUAUAGCUAAGCACACGGAUAAUUCGGAAUAUAUGUCGUGCUAUAAACAUGUGGAGCUCGUUAAUUUCAUAGAGAAGGAUAGCAACCCACGUUACUUAGCUCCUGGUAGCUUCUACUCCUUCAUCCCUGCGCUUUUCAUUCCCAGCUCAGGCGUGUUAUCCACAACACCCGAAGUCAAUCUGCACUUGCGCGCGACUGCGUACAUGCCCUCUAUAAAUAGAAUGGCCCUUGAGUCUCCACGAAAUUUUCAGCCCAGUUUUGCUGAUUUGAAAAUGUUGAUGGACAGAGCAAAUCACACCGAAGACCAUCUUGCAUCCUAUGCAGAAUCAGUGCUCAACAUUCUGAAGGCCUAUAAGAGUUGUCCUAGUCAUGUCAAGCCUCUAGUUGAAGCAAUAUUCACAUCUGGAGUGGAAAUAAUGGAAAAAAAUUCGAAGAUAGAUUUAGAGUAA